UUUUUUUCUCUCCUUGGGAAAAAUCAGACCUCAGCUCAGCUCUGAGCGCAUUUUAGGAGAGUGUUCAAGCAGGCUGACCCGCUCCUCUUCUUCCUCCCGUGCACUGUAAGCGGAUUGCAGCAAUUAGGAGACGGUCAAUGGUGUCAGCCCAGCAUCAGCAUCAGCACCAGCACCAUCCUCCUGCUCCUCCUCCUCCUCCUCCUCCUCAUCAGUGUAUGAAAUGCGUCACUGCAUUCACACACAACAGCGAGGACUGUUCCCUGCACUGACUCUUACGCCAGGCGAGCCCAUGCGCGUCCCGACGUCCCCACGCUGAGCCCCCAGCUCAAGCAGCACAAACGCUGAAGAGAGAGUGGCAAGUGACUGUGGAAGGCUGGGCCGGAUGACACCCUCCAGCUCCGAGGCGCCUGGCCCGUCGGCACCGGCCCCCCGCUGCCUCGGCCUCCUCCGGGCGCCCGCCAACAACGGCACCUGCGCGGAGCAGCUGAGCGUCUUCCCGCCCCUCUCAUCCACGCUGGCGCUGCUGGUGCUGGUGGCCGUGCUGGCCGGCAUCGUGCUCGUCUCUGUGGCCACUUUCCACUUUAACAAGAGGAGGCUCCGGAACCGCAAGAUCCAGCGCGCUCAGGAGGAGUUUGAGCGCGACAGUCGCAGCCCGGUGCGCGCCGCCGGUGCUGUGCCAGUGCGGCCCUGUGUCAUCACCCGCCCGGUGCGCUGCCCGGCAGAGGAGGAGGAGGAGCUGGAGAGGGAGCAAGACGUGGGGGAAGAGGACAGUGGCGGUGAGCGGGGGAACGACGGCGCCUCCGCGGAUUGCUAAACUCAGGGAAUGAGACUAUGUGGAAUUAACUGUAAAAGCAAUAAGGCACAAAGAACUCUCAUUCAUUACUGCUGCUGCUGCUGCUUGUAGAUGACCUAAUGCAGAAUACUGAGCAAAUAGUAAGCCUGUAGGAUAGUCAACACACAUUAACACACCGGUCCCCAACCAUCUUGGCACCACAAUUCCAAGGAGUUCCGUGAGGAGAAAUUCGUCAAAACCCACACAAAGAGUUGGGAGUUAGGCGGAAUUACAGAAAGCAUCGUUUUUUUUGCCAUAACGCAGUCAUGCAAGGCUUUACUCUUCAAAUUUUUCCACUUUUUUUUGCGACUUAUUAACUCAGUCCGCAAGUACGAUUCCUUGUGCUAAGGCUUGGGUUUCUAUAUUGGUAAGUCCCGCCUUCCUGCUCCGUCAGUGGCUGGCUAACCUGCAAUUGUCGAUGCGUCACUGGACAAAGUUGAUGGCAACACGCGUGUCAAAUAAAAGUUAAUACAGUCGUCCUUCGUUUAUAGCAGUUAACUGGUUCCAAACCGACAGUGACAAAUGAAUUUCGAUAUCGGAAUCAACGCUAAUAAAUUGAAUAUUUUCAUAGAGCACAGAAAACCCGUUUGAGUUUCUUAAUAUGGUUUUUUAUCAUUAUUUGAGCCCUCUAGAACUGAAAUAACACACCUAAAGCCACCUUUACACUCCUUUUAUUCAUUGUUUACAUCACAUUGCGCAGCUCUUAUGCUGCAGGGACUCGAGACGGCCGCUAGCUUGCAAGCUAGCAAGUUAACCUGGAAUUUAUUUCUUGUAACCUUAAGAAGCCAAAAACUUACCACUUCCACAGUGAAUGGGAGGAGACCCCCCCCCCCUCCUAUCAUGUAGGACAUACCAUCGCUGACUUCAUGCAGUUUUAAGGUAAUGUAAGGUAAGGUCUCAAUAUUUUGUGUCGUUACUGCCGCCUAGUGACCAGAACACUACAUAUCACUUGUAUUUGAAUAUGUUUUGACAAAUAAUAGACCACAGUCUACCACGAAUUUAUUCAUUUCUGAAAAAAAAAAACGCGAUAUACCGAGGGAGCAAUAAUCAAACCGCGAUAUUGCGAGGGGCGACUGUAGUUUGUUUUUCGUUUAGUAGUGGUUAAUUAAGAGCAUUUAGUAAAAGUACAAAAGUUCAAAAGAAAAUGUGGCCUGAGUAUCAUUUGUAUUCUGUUGUUUUGGCAUUGUUGUCUUGUUGUACAGUAUACAAUAUACUUUCGAAUACGGCUGUUUGAGGAUAAAUUGUAAAAGUGAAAGCACCGGUAGCUCAAAAGCAAUGUCAGAGACAGUAAUACUGCAAUAGAACAGGCUACUUUCUGGUGAAGAGAAGAACUGAAUUAUUAUUAUUGAAAUGUGAUUAUACCUUCAUGUGUGCACUUAGUUCCUAUUUAUAUUACUCUUAAAUAUGUUUAAUAUGUUUAAUUACAACUUACCAUGAUGUAAACAGUGCUCAAAGGAACCACAGGUUUCAUCAGGUAAAAGGGAGGGUUGUAGAUGAAUGUAAAUUAAAUAUGAUUUUUAAUGCCUCCUAUCUCUUCGGCCGCUACUCAGUAAGGCAUGGGCCGCUACUUGGCUGCCACCUGCUGGUUGGGGACCCUUGCAUUAACACACUAGUAGUAGAGCGCAUUGUUAUUUGCCUGCUUUGACUCUUGGACCUCCUCCUCUUCUUCUUCUUCUUAUAACUUGGAACGUGUUUAAAUUUUAAAUCCUCUCCGGGAUGUGACACACGAUUGUGGUGAAUUAUUUACACAUGGUGAUACAAUAACACACACGCACACACACGCGCACACACACACAAACACAAACGUAAUGGCUUAGCUGAUCUUCCUUGGCAUGUCUUAUGACACACUAGCAGUAUGUAGUUAGACUCUUAAUGGAUGUCGUGGUGCUCCUCUAGGCAGUGCAAAGCUGCACAUAUAGGCUGUAGACAUGGCUUAUUUAAUUUGACGUUUAUUUUCCUUUCCCCUCCAAUUAAGUGACUUGAUGUCCUCCAAUGUCUCCUUUUUUUUUUCUCUCUUUUUUAAAGACAUCUUUAGCUCUAGUUAGCUUGACGGGAUGCAAAACUUUCUCGCUGUAGUUACGUAUGCACAUUAAGAUCUCUCUUUUUUGCGUUUGUGCGUGGGAUGAUAGCUACAGUGGAAGUGCUAAUAUUUUCAAUAUACAGUAGAGAUGUUAUACAUGAGAAUGAGGUGGCUGUUUUAUUUCUUUGUAAGCUCUUUAUAUACAGUAGUAACAUAUAGUGGGCCUAAAUGGUUGAUUCUAUACAUUCACUGUAAAUGUAUGACAUGAUGAGGAAUGUUUUCUGGACUUCAUGUAAUCUGCCUUAUACAAGGAAUAUACUGUAUGUAGAAUUUAUAAAUAAAUAUGCGGGGGG